CGGGGAGGCGGAGCUGGCCGUCAUUCUGGCUGGAGGGUUCCCUGCAGGUCUUUAGGAGAUCGACGCGUGUAAGCUCUGGGCCUUCCUCCUUCUCUAGCCCGUCUAAGGGUCAGGCUGGCUUGUUUUUGAACCUCCGGCGUCUUCACCACGGUCAAAGGACGGUUUCCUUGCCGAGGCGCCCUUCGGAUCCGCCCGGGAUUGUGAGUGAUCUGGGGCUGGGACAGGUGACGCUGCAAGAGAUCUCCCCAGAGUGCGGCAAGAACUCGCCUCAUCUGCUGUUUCAGCUCGUCGCAGUGUGCCCACCAAGGAAGGCGGAGCUGAACAGGCGGCGUGCUGAUCAGAGGGGGUACGUCGGGGUGCCGGGGUGAAUGAGAGCAGUCCAGACGUAGAGGGGGUGCCAGAGCGGGCUCGGCAGCAAGACUUCCCCCGAGGUCUGCGCUUUGGCCGGCUGCACCUGCUAGAUGUGGAAUUGCCUCAACGUGGGGCUGAAGACCAUCUGGAAGAAGAGGAGAGGCUGGACCAUCUAUGGCCAUCAUGGCCUGCUUGGCCGUCCGGUGCUGCGGUUCCUGCCGCUGGAAAACGUGACGCUGCUGCUCCGCGAGCACGUCGCCUCGAUGCCCGCGGGCUCAUCGUCCCCAGACCUGCUGAAGGUGGACGUGGACCACUCCGACUGCCGCUUCAUGGAGGAGGCGCUGCGCGCCGUCCGCCCGAAGCUCAUCCACCUGGAGUUCAUGCCGCUGGCGCCGCCGCCGCUGGACUACGCCCAGCGGUACCAGCCCACGCUCGUGGACGUGCGGCUGCAGGAGCGGAGGAAACCGCUCCUCGCCGCCACCACGCUGGAGCCCCGCGGCGUGCAGAAGCCUGCCCACGCCCACGCCCCUUGCGGCCGAGCGGUGGAUGCCUGCGCGAUGCAGAUUCACGCGGCCGCCAGCGCGGGCCGAGGUGCUGGGCCCGACUCCGAGGCCGAUCAGCGCCUUGCGGAGGGCACCCCGAGCAGCUGGGUGACUAGCGCCUGGGGCGACUGCAUGAGCAGCUGCGACCUGCCGGUGAAGCACCGCGACGUGGCCUGCGCGUCGCCUGUCAUUGGCGAGGCACCCUGGAGCUGCAGCUGCGAGCUGGAAGUCUGCAAGAGCCUGCCGGGCACGGCCUGCGGAGCGCCCGAGGACCCGAUGCUCCUGGGACUCCCGAGUUACGUCGAGGUGGGCUGCUUCCAGCUCUCCGUCGGCGACCCUGGCGUCACGUGCGCCGGCGACUACGACACGACGUGCCUGAGCUGGAGGCAGGGCACGCCCUGCAAGAGCGGGUUCCCGUUCUUCAGCAACUGCAGCGGCGGCCCCGCCCCCGCGAUGAGGGCGGCGGAGUGUUUCAACCACUGCAUCACCAGGGGCCUCGACAUGUUCGCCAUCGUGGAGGGCCUCGAGUGCCGCUGCGGGGCCUCCAUGCUCAGCACAGCUGUGUGGCGGCAGCAGCCGCCUGGCGCGGGGAAGGCCUUCUCCAUCGGUGCGUCGGUGCAGAGCGCGAACGCCACGGCGGGGGAGUGCUCGCUCCAGGUGUUCCGCUACGCGGGCAGCUACGACGCGGGCUACGUCCCCCUCCUCUACGUGACCUCUGCUAACGUGGCCGUCGGGGCGUACAUAGACUCCAUCGUCGCGGGGACGGUCGUCUCGCCGGAGAAGGAGGAGGAGACCGCGGACGAACAACUGGCCGACUUGCGCCCCACCUUGGGGGACUUAGCGGCCCGCGCCGCGAGGCUGUCGGGCAAUGCGUCGUCUGCGCGGUCGUCGUUGGGAAAGGCGGCGUGCGCGACGCCCUUCAACCAAUACGGCUACUACGACUGCGACGACGCCUGGUGGAAGGACCAGUACAGCUGCGCCGACUUGGAAGGUUUUGGCUUGGGUAUUGACUGCACCGGGUGCCAGUGCCCCGGCGACUGGCCUUCGUCCAGGGACAUCCCGGGAUGGACGCGGAACUGCUACCCGUUGUCGUGCGGCUACGGCGAGGGGCCUUGGCCGACGCGCCAGGCUACAGCUCCUGCUGGCGUCCCCGACCUGUGGGACGAGUACGUGAUCAUCCCGUACAAGUUUGUGUCGGGCUUCCCGGCCGAAUCCAAGGCCGUCGUCGAGACUGCGGCGAAGCACUGGUACGAUCAGACUUGCAUCGUGUUCCAGGAGACCACCCCCGACAGCUACCUCAAGGUAGAGUUUACAAACGCAGACCCCAACCAGUGUUACGCGACGGUCAUAGGCAAGCCCGUGGAGGGAGGUACCACGUCACAGAUCAACAUGGGUUGGUGCAACAGCGCGGCCCACACCGGUAACGUCAUCCACGAGCUGGGCCACGCCUUAGGCAUGGUCCACGAGCAGCAGCGCCCCGACGGCAGCGCAGCCUACCACGGACGGGGGCCGCAUCUGGUGAUCCGCUGGGAGAACAUCGACUCGUCCAAGUACUCUCAGUACACCGCGAAGAGCGGGAGCUACACGGGGUCCGCCCACGACGGGGACGGCGACGCCCACGAGGGGUACUCGCCGUACGACUUCGGCAGCGUUGUGCACUACGGCGCCGGCGCCUCCGCGUCCCCGAAGUUCACAGCCCUCCCAGAGGACGUGUCGCCGAUCAGUGUCGGGCAGCGCGUCGGCCUCCCGGCAAUGGACAUCUCCCAGGCGCUGGACACGUACCAGUGCAGGGCCAACGACGCGUCGCGCCUCGCCAAGGGCUUCGCGGUCGUCGGGCCCUUCUGCUCCGACCAGAGCGCGCUCGCCACGGAGUACGUGCUGGGGGGGGAGACCCAGGACAAGAAGCCCUGGUACGUCUCGGCCGACGGCGCCUACUACCUGUACUACGACCCCGACUGCGACGGCCAGGGCUCUGCGCCCAGAUGGGUCUUCGACGCGCAGCAGCCGAGCGAAACCGCCACAUCGGACCUGGACGGCGACGCCGCGUGCGACUACGAGGCUACGAACCACCCCGCGCCGACAGACCCGAGCGUGGAGAUCUGGAGGGGCGUGCCGCUGGGGAGGUCGACGUUCCUGAUGAUGUGCGGGAACCUGGGGUGGCAGAACCAGGAGGUCACAGUCACCGGCAUCGAGCCGCUUACCGUCUCUGGGCACUGCCAGGACUCGGUCGACGGGUACUUCGCUGGGCUCGGCUCCACGGCGAGCGGGAGCCCGUACUACGGGAACGGCAAGGGCACCUACCUGUACUACGACCCCGACUGCAGCGGCGCGGGGACCCGCAGCCCCGCGUGGCACUUCGACGCCGCCGCCCCGAGCACGGUGGCGGCCGCCGACCUCUCGGGCACCGGGGACUGCGAGGACCUGGGCUACGUCGAGAGCGGCAACGCGACGGCGGUGCCGACGGGCACGAGCUCGUGGCAGGAGCGGUGCCAAGACGGCAGCGGCGCGUGGGCCUGGGGGGCCAAGGACCUCACGGUCGAGGAGGCGGCGCUGCCGCCCACCCCGCCGCCGACGCCCCACCCCGAGUGCUCGGACACCGACGGCGGCGCCACGGACAGCACGGGCCAGGAUUGCGCCGCUGGCUACUCGUACCACUACGCCAUGUGGUGUGGCGAGUGCGACUCGAGCGACUUCACCGCCAGCACGGCGGUGGGGGACCCUCACAUCACGAACCUGCUCGGGGAGUCGUUCGACGUCAACAAGCCGGGCGAGCACGCCCUCCUGCGCGUGCCCUUUGACGACGGCCUCUCGCCCCAGCUCGAGGUCCGCGCCAGGAUGAAGCCGGCGACCGCCUCCCCCUGCGGUCUGUGGAUUACGGAGGUGAUCUUCAGUGGCGAGUGGGUCGGAGAGGAGGUCCGCGUGCACACGGCCGCCAAGGCCGCCAACAGCCGCAGCGAGCCCGACCACUUCGCUCUACUUGUCGGCCCUGGCGCUGACCACGCCGUGCGGAGGCGGUGGAGGCGGUGGUCAAAGUUCCCCAAGGGCGCCGACGUUUCCCUGUCCGGGAACGUGACGGUCCGCCCCACCUUCCGCGAUUUCCAGGGCGCCGCCGCCGUCAAGGGCAGGAGGGUCUUCGAGUUCCUCGUCGGCCCGUCCGCCUCCCUGCAGGAGCGCGUGUCAAUCACCGUGGCACAGGCCUCGAAGCCCGCCCUCUCGACGUGCAGGUCUGGCAAGGGCUCUUUGGUGAAACAGCUGCUCGAGCACCUGCUGGGCCCGCACUACAUCGCGCUCACGCAGGAACCAGUCGGGGGCAUCCACAGGUUCCGAUCCAGCUACGGGGACGUCCCGAGGGUGGUCAGCUGCAUCUGCCUCGACCACUUCUUUCUACGAGACAAGAUCAAGAAGGAGCUGAACGGCCACUACGACACCCCCGAGGCUCUGGAUCACGAGGGUAUUCUGGUGGCUGCCAGCGCAGAGAGGUCGGACUCACUGGUCUCUUGGGUUCUCGUAGAGGGCUUCAUGGCCUUCUACGACGCGAGGCUGUAUUGCCUGUGCCACGUGCGCAUCUGGCUGGAGCUGCCCGUUGCGGUGGCCUGGAAGCGGCGCGCCAAGACCAAGAGGGUGAAGAGAGAGUAUUUCGACCUCCACAUCUGGCCAAACCACGUGACGUACCGGGAGCUGGUCUUCUCGCGCCCCGGGGCCUCACAGCAGAUCGGCGUGCUGGAUGCCACCCAUCGAGCCCGCCGUCGAUACUGCCUGCCGCCGUGA